AUGUUCAAGUUCAAGGCUCAAGGCUCAUCUAUACCAAAAGAUAUGGCCAAGCCAACCAUCAAAGCUGUCUUUUUUGAUUUCAUGGGGACGUGUUUAGAUUGGCAUAGCAGCGUGGUCCAGGCCUUGCCUUCUGCCAUCCCUCCACCUGAGGCAUCCAAGCUCGCGCUUGAAUGGCGCCGGCAGUACUUUAUUGAAAACAGCAACCGUGUGAGCCAAAGACUGAAUGUGGAGGACAUCGACAUUACUCUUGCCCGCAGCUUGGGUCUUGUUCUCGCACGGCUCCCCGACGUAUCGCCCCAUUUUGACGAUCGAACUAAAUUGCAGGUCAUUCAGGCCUGGCACAAACAAAGGGCAUGGCCAGAAGUAUCCAAAGCCAUUCAAAGUCUACAGGAGAAUCUUGGCCUGGAGGUCUUUGUUCAUGCGAACGGGACCACCCGGCUACAAUUAGACCUGACGCGUUCAUCGGGUCUAAAGUUCAACAUGAUGUUCUCAAGCCAGCUGUUGGGGGCCUAUAAACCCAAUCGGGAAGCUUAUGAGAAAGGAUUGGAGCUAGUCAAGCUUCGACCAGAAGAGGUGGUGUUAGUUGCGGCACAUGCGUACGAUUUGCGGGGCGCGAGGGACUGCGGAUUGAGAACGGUGUAUGUUCAUCGCUGGACUGAUGAUGUUGACGAGAACAUGGAGCAGGUCAGAUCUGAGUUUGAUGCAUUCUUGGAGGAUAUGCGUGAUCUUGCUGCUGUGAUCAGAGCGCUAUAA